AUGCGUAGCGACGUGGCGUACCGCGGGCUCUCGCAGCACGUGGAGUUGGACCGCGCUGUUGACCCCCGCGACCGCUUCUCGCUGCAAGAGCUCAUCGGCGAAGGCACCUACGGCGAGGUCUACUGCGCUAAGGACAAGAAGUCUGGCCGACGGGUCGCCGUUAAGAUUUUGGAGAACAUUGCCGAGAACAUCGAAGAGAUAGAAGAAGAGUUCCUUGUUUUCAGAGAUCUAUCUAGUCAUCCAAACAUUCCAGAAUUCUUCGGGUUAUUUUUAAAGCGAGGCAUAAGUUCAGAUGAUGACCAAAUUUGGUUUGUUAUGGAGCUCUGUACCGGUGGCUCAGUCACAGAUUUAUGUGCUGGAAUGCGCUCCCGAGGCAAAAAUAUCACUGAACCUCAGCUUGCUUACGUUCUAAGAGGGACAGUGCGGGCUUUAACACAUUUACAUGCACACCGAUGUAUGCAUCGAGAUGUUAAAGGCCACAAUAUACUUCUCACAGAAAAUGCUGAGGUAAAAUUAGUUGAUUUUGGUGUAUCCUCACAUUUGGCAGCAACAGCUGCGAGGAGAAAUACGUCAGUUGGGACUCCAUACUGGAUGGCUCCGGAGGUAAUAGCUUGUGAACAACAAUUGGAUCAGUCAUACGAUUGUAGGUGUGAUGUAUGGUCGGUAGGAAUCACGGCUAUAGAAUUAGCAGAAGGAGAGCCCCCACUUUCAGGAUUGCAUCCAAUGAGAGCUCUUUUUCAAAUUCCCCGAAAUCCACCUCCAACUUUAUCCCACCCAGAAGUUUUUUCAUCACAACUCACCGAUUUCAUAUCUGAAUGUCUUAUUAAAGAUAUGAAUCAGAGACCUUUUGCGAGGGAGCUUUUAGAGCAUCCUUUAUUACUUGCUGUAAAUAGUUUUGAAGAUAAGAUUCGAAAGGAGCUUCAAAUAGAAAUAAAAAGACAAAGAGCUGAUGGAAGAAGUUUUAGAGCUCCAGAAGCUACUACCAAACGAGGAAAAUUAAAAUCACACCGAAAAGCGAGACCAGAAAAGAUGUACACCGACGAUUUAGCUACAUUAGAAGUCUUGACAGAAGAUGCAAUCGUGGAGCAAUUACAGAAAAGAUAUAACCAAAAUCAAAUUUAUACAUAUAUUGGAGAUAUAUUGGUUGCAGUAAAUCCUUUUACUGAUAUAGGAAUAUAUACAAAUAAGACCCAGCAAAUGUAUCAAAGCCGAUGUAGGUCGGACAAUCCACCACAUAUAUAUGCCGUAGCUGACGCAGCUCAUCAGGCUUUAAUGCAUCAGAAGCAUCACCAAGCCAUUGUGAUAUCUGGUGAAAGUGGGGCUGGUAAAACUGAGUCCGCGAAUCUUUUACUUAAACAACUUGUAUUUCUAUCAAAGACACAGCACGGAAACUUGGAGGAGAAAAUUUUGCAAGUAAACCCAAUAAUGGAAGCGUUUGGCAACGCGAGAACAGGGAUAAAUGCCAAUAGCUCUAGGUUUGGGAAAUAUUUAGAUUUAUCAAUGAUGAGAGUUGGACGUAUAUCAGGAGCCCGAAUAUCUGUUUACCUACUUGAACAAUCGCGAGUAGUUCACCAGGCGUUAGGUGAAAGUAACUUCCACGUAUUUUAUUACCUGUACGAUGGUUUAGAAAGCGAAGGUCGCUGGAGGAAAUUUUAUCUUGACGAGCAAUUAAAAUCGAGACAUCGUUACUUGCAACCGCUAUCAGUGGCUCACCGUGAACACAAUGUUCAUAGGUGGCGACAACUGAAUCAAGCUUUUAAGGUUGUGGGGUUUCAAGAUAACGAGGUCAUUGUUUUGUAUAAAAUGCUUGCUGCUAUUCUUCAUCUUGGAGAUAUUGAAUUUGGAGAGACAGCAGGCGAGGAUAACACCGAUAACAGAGCCACAAUAAUCGAUACUGCUCCAUUGCAUAGAGCUUCCUGCCUUUUGGGCGUUGAAACUUCAGAUCUUAGGGAAUGUUUAACGAGCAGUAGUAUGGUCACACGAGGUGAGAUAAUAGCCCGGCACAGUUCCCCAGCUGAGGCCGCAGUGGCGAGGGAUGCUACCGCUCGCGGCUUGUACGCCAGAACAUUCGAUAGAAUCGUCGAGAGGAUUAAUGCACUUCUUUGUCAAAACAAACCCCAAGGCGUGGAACAACUGUCUAUUGGAAUUUUGGACAUCUUUGGUUUUGAAAAUUUUCAGAAGAACUCGUUCGAACAACUCUGUAUUAACAUUGCUAAUGAACAAAUACAGUACUACUUUAAUCAGCACAUUUUUACUUGGGAACAACAAGAAUACAUGGCUGAAGGUGUACCCGUGGAUCUUGUGGAGUUCUCCGACAAUAGACCAGUUUUGGACAUGCUGCUAUCAAGACCAAUGGGACUAUUGGCAUUACUGGAUGAGGAAAGUCGUUUCCCACGAGCGACUGAUAAAAGCCUUAUAGAAAAAUUCCAUAACAACAUCAAGAGUAAAUAUUACGUCCGACCAAAAUCCGAUGCGGUAUGCUUCGCUAUCCAUCAUUUCGCUGGUAGAGUGGUAUACCAAGCCGAUGGUUUCUUAGAGAAGAAUAGGAAUUUUUUGCCGCCUGAAGUUGUUCAACUAAUGAGGCAAAGUCAGUUUGAUAUAAUUCGUUUCUUGUUUCAAUGCCCUAUAACAAAAACUGGUAAUUUGUAUUCACCAUUAAACGACGACAUGGACACAAGUCUGGAUAGUACCCUAUCGGGAGACUUAAGGUUCAACUCGCAACAGGACAGAUUCAACAGUAGAGGCUUAGCGUCUCAGUCUCGAGCGCAGCAGACAGUAUCAACUUACUUCCGUUAUUCAUUAAUGGAACUGCUUCAAAAAAUGGUCAGCGGAAGCCCACAGUUCGUGAGAUGUCUCAAGCCAAACGACACUCGAUCGCCAAAGCACUUUGACUCUGCGAAAAUACUCAAGCAACUAAGAUAUACCGGUGUCCUAGAGACGAUUAGGAUAAGACAGAAUGGCUUUUCCCAUCGCCUGACUUUUGAUGACUUUAUAAAACGGUACGGUUUCCUAGCUUUUAGUUACGAUGAAGAAGUUAAGCCAAAUCGUGAUUCUUGCCGUCUUCUUUUACUAAGACUGAAAAUGGAUGGGUGGGCCCUUGGAAAAUCAAAAGUGUUUUUAAAAUACUAUCACGUAGAAGUACUCUCGAGGAUUUACGAGGAGCAGAUAAGAAAGAUUGUACUCGUGCAAGCGAGCGUUAGGGGAUGGUUGGCACGUCGCCUUGCAGAACGCCUUAAGGUGCAGAUGGCCAUAUCAGUUCUAACGCUACAACGCCAUGUACGAGGUUGGUUGACGCGGAAACACCUUAGGGAACGGCAAAGGCAAUUGGCAAGGGAAUUUCAGAGAGAGCAUAUGGAACAGGAUAAUAAUCAACGUAAACAUCAGAAACCAGGUGUAACAAAUAAGAACAAAGCCUUGAUUAAAGCUAAGUUUCUAAGGAAAAUGACCCAAGAUUGCGAUAGCAACGGCACUAAGUCAAGCAACAAAGAAAACAUUGGAAACAAUCAAGCUGCUAUUAUUAUACAGAGUCAUUUUAGGGGAUACACAGCGCGUCGCAAAUGGGCGAAAGGUCGAGCGCCGCCCCCGCCCCAGCAUUCGCCACCACCAACACCACAGAUAAUGAUGCAGCAUUAUUCUGUUCAAGAGAGGGCAGCACAGUUGCAGACAUUCGCCGAUCAGGCGCAUUAUAAGAAUCAAGACGUUCACAAGAAUCUGAGACGGAAUAAACCUGGCAUUCAUUUAAUAAAUGUAGAAAGGCCUCCAGAGGAAUAUCGUCCUCCACCUGGUUUCACCCUUAUACCUGCUAUAGUAAAAGGACAACAAUCAAAAAUAGAACAAGAUGCUAGCAGACUUUCCAGUCCGUCUCCGGAAUUUUUUGAUAGCUCUACUAAACCGUGGGAUGAACGACUAAAAUCAAAUAAAUAUAUAGAGCCUAAGUUUCCGAGGUACCAACAGAAUGGACACAACCAAGAUUAUUACGAAGAGAAGCAUCUACAAACUAAUCAAAAUUUGCAAAAUCUGCAAUGUAACAGACAAUGCGGAGGCCUAGUCAGCAAUAAAAUAAACGAGCUCGUAAAGCAAACACAUAAAUCGGAACCACCGCCGAAGCCCUUCUACCAGCCAGCGCACGAUCCGGAGUCCAAUCUGCGCAAGAUUCUGCGAAACUCGCCCGAGAUCCUGGCGACGCCCGUUUUCACCUCCGACGACGACUACACCGAGGGUCCGUUCCGUUUCAAACAGCUGCUUCGGCCCACCCUGGGCCCCACCGAGAGCCUGCGCAAGCGGAAGGUCCGCAACUCCUCGGGCAAGAGCCCUUGGAUGUCGGACAGUUCGCAAGACAGCUCCAGCUCUAAUAAAGCUCUUUAUAACAAACGUCGCCCGCAAAUUACCAUGGGCGUAGUACGCGUUAACACGCGAUCCCGUGUUUACGGCGGGCGGGCGGCGGUGUGCGUGUCGCACGUGACGUGUGGCCGCCAAUGGCGGUUGCGCGCCCGCGCAGUCGCGCCCGCGCCAGCCAUGGCGGCCGCCGGCCUGCCCGACAUCGACCUUUCUCAAAUAAAAACGCGCUCCAUCGAGAAAACGCUACUCCCACUCGUCAAACAGAGCGACGCGCGUAUUUACGAUAUGGACACGCUCUCCGAUGACGAUGAUUACGCGCGCCGGGAGCCCCAGGUGCGACCCGCGGGUGAUCACGAACCGCGGCCCUCGCACGGCUGGGAUGACCAGAUCAGCAGCCUGGUGGCGACUCGGGGUGAGGCAGCGGGCGGUGCUGCCGUCCAGCGAGUGGGUGCCGCCGUCUGCUGCGCGGUCGAGCGGUUCGUAGCGGUAGGCGAGACCAUCGCAGACGACAACCCAGACGUCAGGCACAGCAUGGUGCUCGCGUGUAAAGAAGCUCGUGCUGCAGCCUCCGUC